GAGGCUUCGCUAUCAGGAAGCUUUGACCUGCAUGGCCAUGUUCAUAGACGCGGAUUCGACGCCUCGUGGACUGCCUGUUUGUGACGCCGAAUGGGCAUAUUGGUAUUUCUCUAGCCGGAGCUGCGUCUAUGUGCAUACAUCUUAUGACCAUGGGCGGUGAUUCUCUGGUCUAUGACGGGAAUCAUAAACAUGCAUCCUCCCCGUAUAAAUUUGCCCUCUGCUCAGCGAGAAGUACCAUCCACCAGAACAUCUGCCCUUCAGUGAACCAGUCUCAUCCUACCCACCUCUAUACUUCACAAUGGGCCGCCACUACUCAGAGAAGCAGAAGAACGCGCGCAAGGAGAAGCAUAUCGAGUAUGUGGUGUCAGAAGGGCAACGCGGUCGCAAUCCUGGAAUUUCCAAGGCACUGAAGAGGGUGCGCGAUAUAGGCUACAAGAGCAUCCUACCCGGGGAGCAGCGCCUCAUCCCCGCGAGCUCUUCGAACUGGCUUUCGCCCGUCUACCCCGCGCCCUACCUCAACUUUACAUGGCAAGUCGCCGGCAUAGACAAGCUUCUGCGCAAGCUGCAGUGGUACAUCAAGUCCAAUCUGGGCCCCUACGGUCUCGCGGUACAGGAGUACCUCCAGGCCGGCUCCUCGAGCUUUCCUUCUCGCAUCUACGCGGCUGGUCUCGUCUCCCUGGUCCUCUGCGACCCCGCCCUCGACGAAGAAGCUCGCGCGCAGGUCCACGCCUUCUUCAAGGUCUUGCAUCCGCCGAGGCUCACCCGCGCUCAUAUCUCGCUCGCCGGAAAGUCGAAGAGGGAGCACGACCCCGCGAUGUACCAGAUGCUCGGUCGUGCGAAGGACUCGCUCACCCACCUCUCACUCGAGCUCUCCUUUGCCGACAAGCUGGCGUUGCAAGCGUACCUCAGCUCUGCCGCUGCCUCGCGUCUUGUGUCGCUGGAGCUUAAGACGAACUCGGACAUACAGGAGCAGGUCUUGAAUGCGCUGCAGGACGAGGACUCUGCGCGGCUGCCCAACCUGGAGCAUCUCUGUUUGAAGAUUAAAAAGGUUGAUGUCGCGGCGCUCAUGGUUGCGCUGGAGAGGCGUCGCGCACGCGGCUGCAAUACUCCCCUCCGCGUCGAGAUCAGGAACGACAUUGACGACGCUGUGCGAGCGAAAGCGCGCGAUAUGGGGAUCACCUUCGAUAAGCCCUGCCCCAUGCGUUGCGGGCUAUAGAACAUGAACUCCUUACUAUCACUGUAUGGCUCUUAUGUACUGUAUACUACUUGCCCUGAUUUGUGGCUUAAUGGCUUGG